CUGUUGGGAAAACCAUGAGAGUGGAAUGAACGUGGAAUUAUAACUAAUUUUAGAGAAUUUGUGGUGGGUGGCUGCGAUAAAAGUGGGAUAAUGAUAUGAGCGUCCACAUGGGAAGUAUUUGCCUUAGACAGGUCUGACCCUUAUUUAUGAUGCACUCCAUGUGUUUGUAAAAUCACUACACCAACAUACAAUACCCAUUUUCUUCCUCAUUUGGCUUUUGCAAUUGGCGGAGGAAGAAAAAUGGCGAAAAACGGCAUUCUUGCUCUGGUGAUGGUUUCCGUUUGCCAUAUCUUCGUCAAUGUGGAUGCGUUCACGGCUUCUCCCUGGUAUGGUGCUCAUGCUACUUUCUACGGAGGCAGUGAUGCCUCUGGAACAAUGGCUGGAGCAUGUGGGUACGGUAACACGUAUACGACUGGCUAUGGGGUAGCAACUACAGCUUUGAGCACUGCAUUGUUCAAUAAUGGGGCUUCAUGUGGGCAAUGCUACAGGAUCGUUUGUGAUAAUACCUUGGAUCCACAAUUUUGUAUUAAAGGAAAGUCAAUAACAGUCACUGCAAGUGACUUUUGCCCACCUAACUGGGCUGAACCAAGCGACAAUGGAGGGUGGUGCAAUCCUCCCCGCCCGCAUUUCGACAUGUCUCAACCCGCUUGGCUGAAUAUUGGAAUUUACGUUGGUGGGAUCGUGCCGGUAUUGUACCAAAGGGUCCCAUGCAAGAGACAUGGAGGAAUGAGAUUCACAAUCAAUGGAAAUCCUUGGUUUAACCUUGUAUUGAUAACCCAUGUGGGUGCGGCUGGAUCUAUUAAAGCUAUAUCAAUCAAAGGCUCAAACACUAAUUGGAUUCCCAUGUCAAUUAAUUGGGGAGUAAACUGGGAAUCCAGUACCUAUCUCAUUGGCCAAGUUCUCUCCUUUGUGAUCACAGCAUCUGAUGGAGAAGUCGUUCAAUGUCUCAACAUUGCGCCUUCAAACUGGGGAUUCGGCCAGACCUUCUCAGACAAAGAUUGUCAGUUCCACAGAUGAAACCGUGGUUUCGGUCUCCAGGGUUGUUUGUGGUUUCAGUUGCUGCGGCGAGCCUUUUUGUUUAUAUCGAAGCAGCCCAGCCGCCAUUCUUUCAUGGUGUUCUUGAGCUAGGCAAAAGCUGUGUGUCAAUAGAGUGGAUAUAUUUUUUGGAUGAAAGAAUUUGGCACCUUCACUCAGUGAUAGUAUCUCACUGUUUGAUCAUUGAUGUGAUACGUAUCCAUUUUAAUGUACAAAAUUCCUUUCUUAACUUGGGUGAAUCAUUUUUCCUUUUAAAGGUAAAUGAUCCAGAAUGCUUGACCUUGUGCAACCUUAAGAAAUGC